CAUCUCCCGCCAUUAAAGCCUCCUUGUGGUUCAGAGCCCUGUUCUGUCGAGUCGUGACCUGGAGAGACCGCAGUGUCCUAGGAAGGACUCGGGGGACCCGGGAGCCCUGGAAAUGGACUCAUUGGCCAUUGAGGACGUGGCUGUGAACUUCACCCCAGAGGAGUGGGCUUUACUGGAUCCUUCACAGAAGAAACUCUACAGAGAUGUGAUGUGGGAAACCUUCAGGCACCUGGCCUCAGUAGGAAUAACGUGGGAAGAUCAUGAUAUUAAAGAUCAGUGCAAAGACAAGGGGACAAAACUACGAAAGCAUAUGGUAGGGAGACUCUGUCAAAGUGAAGGGGGUGGUCAGUGUGGAGAAAACUUCAGCCUUCUUCCAAAUCUCAGACGGAACAAGCAAACUACAGGAGCUAAACCAUGGGGAUGCAGCUCAUGUGGAAGAGUCUUCACACAUCAUUCAUUGCUGAAAAUGCACAUUAGACAUCACACUGAACAUAAAACAUAUGACUGUCAAAAAUAUGAAGAGAAGCCAUAUAAAUGUCAGGAAUGUGGGAAAGACUUCACUUAUCUCACUUUACUUCAAACACAUGAAAUAACUCACACUGGAGAGAGACCCUAUGAAUGUAAAAAAUGUGGUGAAGCGUUUACUUCUUACAGUUCUCUUCGAAUACAUGGAAGAAUUCAUACUGGAGAGAAACGCUUUGAAUGUAAGAAAUGCAGUAAAGCGUUUACUUCCUCCAGUUGUCUUCAAAUACAUGUAAGAACUCAUGCUGGAGAGAAGCCCUUUAAAUGUAACAUAUGUGGUAAAGCCUUCAUUUCUACCAUUUGUCUCUCAACACAUGGAAGAACUCACACUGGAGGGAAACCCUACAAUUGUAAAAAAGGCGGUAAAUCAUUCAGUUUUUCCAGUUCUCUUCAAAGACAUGGAAGAAGUCAUACUGAAGAGAAACCCUACACAUGUAAAAAAUGCGAUAAAGCAUUCACUUCUUCAAGUUCUCUUCGAAUACAUGAAAGAAAUCACACUGGAGAGAAGCUGUUUAAAUGUAAAAUAUGUGGUAAAGCCUUCAUUUCUACCUUUUGUCUCUCAUCACAUGGAAGAACUCACACUGGAGGGAAAGCUUACAAAUGUAAAAAAUGUGGUAAAGCCUUUACUUCUUCCAGUUAUCUUCGAGUACAUGGAAGAAUUCAUACUGGAGAGAAACCCUAUGAAUGUAAGAAAUGCAGUAAAGCAUUCACUUCUUCCACCUAUCUUCGAAUACAUGAACGAACUCACACUGGAGAAAAGCCAUUUAAAUGUAAAAUAUGUGGUAAAGACUUCAUUUCUACGCUUUGUCUCUCAAGACAUGGAAGAACUCACACUGCAGGGAAACCCUACGAAUGUGAAAAAUGUGGUAAAUCAUUCUCUUCUUCCCGUUCUCUUCGACUCCAUGAAAGAACUCACACUGGAGAGAAACCCUUUCAAUGUGAAAUAUGUGGUAAAGCGUUCAGUUAUACCAGUUAUCUUUCAAGACAUAAAAGAACUCACACAGGAGCAAAACCCUACAAAUGUGAAAAAUGCAGUAAAGCAUUCACUUCUUCCAGGUAUCUUCAAAUACAUGGAAGAAUUCAUACUGGAGAGAAACCCUAUGAAUGUAAAAGGUGCAGUAAAGCGUUCACUUUUUCCGGUUGUCUUCGAAUACAUGAACGAACUCACACUGGCGAAAAGCCCUUUAAAUGUAAAAUAUGUGGUAAAGCCUUCAUUUCUACCAAUUGUCUCUCAACACAUGAAAGAACUCACACUGGAGGGAAACACUACAAAUGUGAAAAAUGUGGUAAAGCAUUCACUUCUUCCAGUUAUCUUCAAAUUCAUGGAAGAUUUCAUACUGGAGAGAAACCCUAUGAAUGUAAAACAUGCAAUAUAGCAUUCACUUCUUCCAUUUAUCUUCAAAGACAUGAAAGAACUCACACCGGAGAGAAACCCUUUCAAUGUGAAAUAUGUGGUAAAGCGUUCAGUUAUACCAGUUAUCUUUCGAAACAUAAAAGAACCCAUACUGCAGAGAAACCCUAUGAAUGUAAAAGAUGCGGUAAAGCAUUCACUUCUUCCAGUUAUCUUCCAAUACAUGAAAGAACUCACACUGGAGAGAAACCAUUUGAAUGUAAACAGUGCAGUAAAGCAUUCACUUUUUCCAAAUCUCUUCGAGUCCAUGAAAGAACUCACACUGCAGAGAAACGCUCUGAAAGUAAAAUAUGCAAUAAAGUCUUCACUGCUUCCAGUUCUCUUCAGGUCCAUGAAAGAAGUCACAGUGGAGAGAAAGCCUCAUGAAUGUCAGGAAAGUGAGACAGGCUUUACUUCUCAUGCAGCCUUUUGAGGAUAUGCACAAAUGCACACGAGAGGAUAAUCCAUGUAGACAUAAACAAGUUGGGAAAGACUUUUGUCAUCCCAGUUCUUCCUGAAGGCAUGAAAGGACUCACUUGAUAAAAACGUCUUGAAUGUAAACAGCAUGAGAAAGACUUCAAUUGGCCUACAUCCUUCUAUGUGAAACUCCCACCAAAAAGAAAUGUAAAUGUAAGUCAUGUGAGAAAGCUUCAUGGAAAUUAAUUUGUAUAUGAGGUUGUGGAAAACUUUCAACAUGAAAGAGUUGUUGUAAAAUAAAUAGAUUGUAUCUAUCAAGCCUUUCUUAAAGUGCCACAUUGGACUGUGCAUUUCUAUUAAUUUACUUCAGAAAUGAAUAUUGAGGGGCUGGUCCCGUGGCCGAGUGGUUAAGUUCGCGUGCUCUGCUGCAGGCGGCCCAUUGUUCCAUUGGUUUGAAUCCUGGGCACGGAUAUGGCACUGCUCAUCAAACCACGCUGAGGCAGCCUCCCCCAUGCCACAACAGGGCGGCCC